AUGCCUCCUUCCCGAUCCAAGACCUGGCAGAAAAAGGCUGGGAAAGAGAAGGUGUUCAAUUGUGAGAAAAACUCCGCAGGAGACUCCAAGAUCUGCUGUGGGAAGCGGAGGGAAGGUAAGAGCAGAGGCCAAGGGAAGGACAAAGAGUCACUUCCUGGACAAGGUGACAGCCUUGGAGAAGAACCCUUAAAAAUCCAGAGGCUGGAGAGGCCUCAGGAAAGCAAAGAUAAUGACCACAAGAAGUUAUUCCGGAGAAAAAGAGCCUGCAGGAGAAACUACAAAAAUGAAUCUGGUUUAGAGAGAAAACAUGGAGUGUCCGGGUUGGAGGGGAAAAAAGGAAAGCCCUGCAAGCAACGGGAAAUGACAUCAGGGCAGGAGAGUGAGGACAGCAGUGACAAGGAGGGAAAAGCCAUCACAAACAGAAAGAAACGGAGUUUUAAAAAGAGAUGUGGAAAGAAACUUGGUGUUGGUGAAUCAGGCACUGAGCUGGGGGCUGUAAAGGAGAUCACAGAGCAAGGUGCUGAAGGUUCUUUUCAGGAACAGAACUUGGCAGAAAAGGCACAGAACCCCAGGGGAAGGCACAGAGGGAAUCAGGACUUCAAGGAGGCUUCUGAGCAGAAAUCAGGUUCUCAAUCCCAAGGCAGUACAGCACAGGAAAAAGGGGAGAGGACUGGGAAAAAGCAAGCUGAAAAUCUUACCAGGAUUGUCAUCACUGAAAGUGAGGAUGAAAAUAUUCUGGAAACUUCAGGUAACUCUGGCUCUGACUCCAGCAGUGAAGGCCCUGGAACCCACAAAAUGGGUACAAAGGAGGCUGUGGUGGGCAGCACUUCCUGCAGUGAAGAGAAGAGCAGCUCUUCUGAAGAGAGGAGCAGCUCUUCCGAGUUAGAUGGCAAGAGUGAGCAAGAAAUUGUGCUCAAAGAUCCUCCUGUGAAUGAAGAAAAAGGCUACAAGGAACUGGCUGAUGAAAGCAAGGAAGCAUCUAUUGAACCUGAAAAGGAGCAGGUGACCACAGGUGGAAAAAUUGAAUCUGAUGCUGAAGGCACUGAAUUUGCAGGAUUGGAAGCAGGGGAGAAGAUGAGGAAGCCAGACAACAUGCUGAGACAACCAGAAUGUGCUCCAGAUGAGAGUAGUAAGGCAGAUGAUCAGUUAAGCACUACAGGACUCGAAGUCAAGAACAGGGAAAAUAUUGAAAUAGAGAAUGAAAAUAUACUAGAAAAUGACAGAGUUGAAGAUAUGUCAAAAGAUGGACACGUGAAUUCUGACAGCACCAAGGACAACCUGAGCAAAUGGACCAUCUCCAAGGAGCCCCAGCUGGCCAGCAGCUGUGUGAGGGUCUGCAAGGAGCAGUGGGAGGCAGAUGAUAUUGCUGACAAUGUGCUGGAGAUGGAGUUCAUGCAGAAACAGACCUACAUUGGGCAAAUUUUGAUUUCUGUGAAUCCUUUCAAAGACCUCAGGAUCUACUCUGAAGAUGUGGCUACCAUGUACCAGCAAGGGACUCUCUCAAAAAAUGCCCCGUAUGUUUUUGUUUCUCAAAUAACUCUACACAUCUUUGCCAUAGCAGAGAUGGCCUACACGCUGUCCCAGUCGUCAGGGCAGGAGCAGUGUGUCCUCAUCAGGCACCUCUGUUUUGAUGCCAACUUCUCCACCUCUCGCUCCUGCAGUGGGCACAGUGGAUCAGGUAAAACAGAAGCUGCCAAAGCCAUUGUGCAAUACCUGACCACGCUGUACCAGGGAUCUGACAGCCACAGGAUCAGACAGCCCUGCAGUGUCCUGCCCAUCCUAGAGAGUUUUGGAAAUGCAAGAACCAUCCUCAAUGACAACUCCAGCCGUUUUGGAAAGCUGCUGGAUAUCCACCUUCGACAUGGCAUUGUGGUGGGAACAUCCAUCUCCCAGUACCUGCUGGAGAAGUCUCGUGUGGUGUUUCAGGGCAGAGCAUGUGAAGUCCUGGGGAAGGAGGACAGUCAGGAUUUUCUGGUCUUGGUGCAAGCUCUGGAGGGAAUCAGCCUCUCCGAUGAUCAGCUGAACUCCACCUGGGCUGUCCUGGCUGCCAUUCUGCAGCUGGGGAACAUCUGCUUUACCUCCUAUGAGAAAGAAUCCUUUGAACACGCAGCCAUCGCCAGUGACACUGAGAUUCAGAUUGUGGCCAAUCUGUUGCGUGUCUCAGCAGAGCUCCUGCAGAGUGCUGUCACUCACCGUGUCACUGUUACAUCUUAUGAUCGGAUUUUCACCCCUCUGUCUGUAGAAGGAGCCAUUGAUGCCAGGGACUCCAUUGCCAAGGCUCUGUACUACCUGCUCUUUGAGUGGCUGCUGCUGAGGAUCAAUGAGUGGUUGGCUCCCUGGGAGUCUGACUGUGCUGUGGGCAUUGUGGACAUCCAUGGGUUUGAGGAUUUGGGGGUGAACAGCUUAGAGCAGCUCUGCAUAAACUUUGCCAACGAGCACCUCCAGUGGUUCUUCUGCCAGACUGUCAUUGCCCAGGAAGAGGAGGAAUACAGCCAGGAGCAGUUAGCUUGGAUUCCUAUUUCCAAGAUGUGCAGUGAGUUGUGCCUGGAUUUCCUUACUGCAAAGCCCCACGGCAUCCUGUGCAUCCUGGAUGACCAGACAUCCCUGAUUCAGGCCACAGACCACACUUUCCUCCAGAAGUGUCAUUACCACCAUGGAAACAGCCCUUGGUACACCAAGCCCAAGCUGCCUUUGCCAGAGUUCACUGUGCAGCACUACGCUGGCCCUGUCACCUACCAGGUCCACAAGUUUCUCAAUAAAAACCGUGACCAGCUGCGGCCAGAGGUGCUGGAUAUCUUCUCCCAGAGCCGCCUCAAGGUGGUGUCUCACAUUUUCCAGAGGGCUAAAGCUGCCUAUAGUCAACGAAGGGAGCUGGGGGGCAGGGGCAGAGGGCUCAGGCCUCAGGCCUCCACACUGGUGUCCAAGUUCCAGCAGUCUUUGCAGGACCUCACAGCCAAGCUGAGAGGGAGCCAUGCCUUCUUCAUCCGAUGCAUCACCCCUAAUCCCAGGAAGGUAGGGCAGCACCCUGACCUCCUUAUGGAGUCCCUCAGUUCCUUCAUUCUUCUCCAUCAGCUCUCCUUUCACAGCUGGAAUUUUGACUUUGUUUCUUGUUGGUUUUGUUUUGUUUUGUGUUUUUUGUCUUCUUUAUCUUCGCAGCUGUCAAAUGUCUUUGAUGUGGAAUAUGUCAACUGUCAGCUGCGACACUCCGGGAUACUGGAGGCCAUCCACAUUCUAAAGGAGGGAUUCCCAGUCCAUCUGCCAUUCCAGAGCUUCCUGGCCAGGUACAGAGAUGUCCUGGCUUGGGAUGCCCCAGCCCUGGAGGAUUUGCUCUCUGAGGGCUCCGCCAGCCCUGGUUUUGUCACAGCCGCUCCUCCUGUGGCAGCAGCUGCUGCCUUUGCCCAGGUGUUUCUGAAGGAGAAGGGCAGGCAGCUGCUGGAGAGACGAUGGCUGCAGAGGCAGAGCUGGGCUGUUGUCACUCUGCAGAGGAAAUUCCGACGCCUCCUUCAGCGCCGGCGCCUCCAGGAGAAGGUCACGCUCAUCCAGGCUCACUUCCGAGGUUACCAGGCAAGGAAGCGUUACAGGAGGCUGAAGAAGACUUUGGUGCAAUUUAAAAGCAUGAUUAUAAUCUCCAGACCUUUGAUUCAAAGGAGGAAGCGCUGCCAGCUGCCUCAGGCUGCUCAAGCCCUUGGCCUCUUGGAAAUCAGCUGGGGUGAGAACAGGAUGGACGUGGGGCUGCUGGAGAUCCCUGCAGAGCUCGCAGACCUCCUGCACUUUAUUGAAGGUCGACACCAAGCACAGGCCAACCAGAUAACAGAGACACAGCCCCCAGAAGUCAAGGUUAAGGAUGACCUUUCCCUCCCACCCACCAUCAACAGCUAUCCCUUCUCCUCCUUCAUCAAAUCACACUUCCAGAAGCCAGAUUUCCCUGCCCCUGGUCAGCCUCUGCAGCACCCCUUAACCCACCUGGAUGCUGAACACCAGGAGAGUGCACUUGAGAUUAACAAAUUGAUUUUGCGGUUCAUCGGUGACCAGAGUCUCCGUGGCUGGCAGGAGGUGCUGCUGGGUAACUACAUUGCUGGCAGGGGUUUGGGGGAUGCUGCUCUGCGCAAUGAAAUCUUCAGCCAGGUGGUUGCCCAGACCUGGAGGAACCCGGACACGGAGCACAGCCAGCGAGGCUGGGUGCUGAUGGCCACUCUGCUGAGCUGCUUUGGCCCCUCACCAGCCCUGGAGAAGCCACUGCUGAAGUUUGUGUCAGACUAUGGCAUGGAGGGCUACAGCGCUGUCUGCCAGCGCAAGAUGCUGACGGCAGCUCAGUGCACAGAGACAGAGCCUGCACCCUCUCGGGCUUACCCUCCCACCCAGCUGGAGUGGACAGCAAACCAGAGGAGAGGGAAGAUGGUGCUGGAUGUUCAUACCUUUAAUGAGGAGAAGUUCUCAGCUGAGGUGGAGUCCUGGAUGACUGGGGAGCAGUAUGCAGCCUGGAUCCUGAGUGCAAGGGGCUGUGACAAGAAGACUCGAGGGUGGUCUGUCUCCAUGUUCACUGGCAACACAUGGCAGGACCUGCUGGGCUGUGACUUUGUGCUGGACCUCAUUGGAGAGAUGGAGGAGACCAGCAACUUCAUCAGCUCCUCCCAGGCCCCCACUGAGUACCCCAUCACUCCAGAAAGGGACAGGAGCAUCCUCCACUCCUCUGACCUGGACAUGAUCCCUCCUGCUCCAGGUAUCCAGGCCCCUCUCUUCCCCCCACCCAGCCUGCCUCCAGAACCUCUUGGUCUCCAUCCAGAUCCAAGGUUUAGAGAUGACCUGAGGACCCCUGUGGGCUUGGAUCACUAUGUGGAUGAUCUCUUCAGCCCUGUGCUGCACCAGAGCUCCAGAGUAUCUGAUCUGGAGAGCAGGGAGAUUCUCACCAGGCGCAUGAAAGGAGGUGGGAAGAUUGGACCCACACAGAGAGGAAUCUUUCCUUCUACAGGCUUGUCUGGAAUGACUCAAACACCAGUUUACCAGCCCAUGCCCUCCAUGGUGGGGAUGCCAGCAGCCAUGCCCGUGAUGCCAGGGCUUGGUGGGGUUUCACCUGUGCCAGCCAUGGUGAUGCCCCAGCCUGUGGUUCCAGCUGUAGAUUCCAGCCAGUUGGCAGCACAGCAGCAAGCCUUUAUCAACCAGCAGGCCAUGCUCAUGGCCCAGCAGAUGACCCUUCAAGCCAUGAGCAUUUCCCAGCAGCAGCAGCAGCAGGAGCUGCAGAAGCGGCAAAAGUCUCUGGAGAACUCAAGGCCAAGAGUCUCAAGCCCAGCACAAGCCUCAGCCCCAGCCACUCUCCCAAAACCCAAGAAGCCUCCCAGCAGCCAGGCUGCUGCAACACCACCAAGGUCUCCAGAGCCACCAGCUGUGGCAAAAGAGCCGGAUUAUGACUAUGUGGAAGAGGAGUUCUCCAGCAGUGAUGAUGAUGACUGUCCUCGGGAAACCUUCCAGCAGAAGAAAGAGUACUUCCAGAAGCUGGGAGAGCAGCACAUUCGAGUGAAGAAAGUCAGACCUAGCAAAACCUGGACUCCUCCAGCAAAACCCCAGCCAACAGAGGAGGAGGAGGAGGAGGAGAAAAGAGAGGAGCUGGAGAAGAGGAAAAAAGAGGAGCUGGAGAAGAGGAAAAAAGAGGAGCUGGAGAAGAGGAAAGAAGUGAAGCCUGUCCCUAAACCAGAGCCAGCUCCUGCUUCCCCUCUGCCACCUCCUGAGCCAAAGCCAAAGAAAGAGACACCAAAACCAAAGAAGGAGCCACCUGUAGUGAAGCCUUCAGGCCCUGAGAAGCUUCCUGCACCCAGCCGUGAGAUCAGGAACAUCAUCAAAAUGUACCAGAGCAGACCAGCCCCCGAGCCCCAGCCCCUCCAGCCCACCAGGAAAGUACCCAAGCCAUUUAUAAAGAAGAAUGACCCCAAAAAUGAGGCUCUGGCCAAACUGGGAAUGAUGAACCCCUCACCUCAGCGAUCACCAUCUCCUGUGCCACAGGAGAAGAAGAUACCUCCACCUGUCAAGCCCAAGCCAGGCCAAGCUUCCAGCUCUAUCAAGGAAAAGCAGUUGCCUCUCCUGUCCAUCUUCAAACCAGAGGAUGCCCCACCAGCUGCCCAGGCUCCUCAAGCUCCCCCUCUUCCCCCACCAAUGCCUGAGGACCAAGGCAGGCAGGAAUCCACAGGGAAGGACUCUGCUGUGACAGUGGCAGGUGAUGAUGGGAUCAAGACCCAGCUGUACAAGCUCACCACCAGCGUCAGCUUUUCCUAUGUCGACCCUGCCUGGAAAAUUUUUCUGCGCAAAGAGGUGUUUUAUCCCAAAGAAAAUUUCAGCCACCCUUAUUGUCUGAACUUGCUGUGUGAACAGAUCAUCCGUGACACUUUCUCUGAGUCCAGCUUUCGGAUCUCCAGGGAGGAGAAGCGCAAGAUGAAAGACCUGCUGAUGGAGUUCCGAGUUGGCAACAAUGCCCAGUCCAUUCAGGAGGAUGGGAUAAAGAAGAGGAUUGUCGUGGCUGCUCGGGACAACUGGGCCAACUAUUUCUCCCGCCUUUUCCCAGUUCAGGGUGAAAAGGGAAGUGAUGUGCAGAUCCUGGGUGUUUCUCACCGGGGCAUGAGGCUGCUGAAGGUGGAGAAAGCAGCUGGAUACCAUCCUGAGCACCUCAAGAUCCUAUGCAGCUACUGCUUUGCAGAUAUACUGUCAGUGGAGAUGAAAGGCAGCAAUUCCCUGGAGUUCUCCCUGAAGACAGAGCAGCUCAUCCUGCACUCUCCAAAGGCUCCGUGCAUCAAGGCCAUGGUGGAACUCUUCAUGCAGGAGCUGAGGCAGGACACCAACUAUGUGGUGGCUCUGCGCAGCUACAUCGUGGAUGACAAGAGCCUGCUCAGCUUCAAGAAGGGUGACCUCAUCGAGCUGCUGCCCAUGCAGGGCGUGGAGCCAGGGUGGCAGUUUGGCUCCACCGGUGGCCGCUGUGGUCUGUUCCCCACCAGCCUGGUGCAGCUGGCUCCUGCCAUUGACUACCUCAGCACCAGCAUAGACAGACGGGGAGAGCGGAGGAAGAGCAUGAGAGCCACCCCAGAGAGCAGGAACACCAGCAGGGAGAGUUCUGUCCUCAGCCUGACACCAGAAGCCACUAGCACCAUGUUAGUCCCUGCUGGUGACCAUUACACCAUGAUUGACUUCGCCACCAGCUACUUCCAAGAGGCUCAGUCCAUGCAGGGCCUGAAGGGGAUGUCAGCUGAGAAGAAGAACGUGGCUGACCUGGUACGGCACACCAAGGUCCCAAUCCAGGCGUCUUUGCUCCGGUACUCUGACAGUGAGCUGAGUGAGCUGGCUACAAAGAACUUCCAGACACUGAUGAGGUUCAUGGGAGAUCGGCCAAAACACAAGCACCAGACUGAGGUCCAAUGCAUCUAUGAAAUCCUUCAGCUGUGCAAGGAGAAGGAGAAUUUGCACGAUGAGAUCUACUGCCAGGUCAUCAAACAAGUCACACACAACCCUCAGCAGGAGAGCGAGCUGCGAGGCUGGUUGCUCCUAAACCUGCUCACUGGGUACUUCCUGCCUUCCAAAAUCCUGAUGCCCUAUGCCACCAAGUUCCUGCAGCUGGCCAGCAGUGAUCCAUCCAGAACCCACCAUGAUAUAGCCAAGAUCUGCCAGAGCAACCUGCGCAAAAACUUCCUGUACGGGGGCCGUCGGCACCUCCCUUUCCCUGUGGAGAUGGAGGCACUGCUGAAGGGACACGGUGCCCGCCGGCUGGUUGUGUUGAUGCCUGGAGGCAUGGAGUACCUCACCAGGAUCAGGACAUUCACUGUGGCCAAGGAGCUCUUGCAGGAGAUCUGUGAGCAGAUGGGAAUAGGUGAACAGCAAGAGAUACAGGAUUUUGUUCUCUUUGCUAUCAGGAGUAAAAUGGUGAGACCAAUAAAACUGGAGGAGUAUCUCCAUGAUUACCUGCUGGAGGACAAGCUGGUCACUGUGACUUUACGCAGGCUCAUCUGGAGGACACCUCUGCACUUCGACAACGAAGUUUACACAGAUGUCCAUUAUGGACAGGUGCUGUGGGAUUACCUGAAUGGGAGGAUCCUGCUGAACCAGAGUAAAGAAAUGGAGAUGCAGGUGGGCCUUUUGGCAAUGCUCCAGCACUGGGCCAAAGUGGAGCAGCAGAACUCUGCUCCCUCCAGGGAAGAGCUGAAGGAGUACACUCCAAAGACCCUGCAGUCCUCCAUCAGCCCCAAGGCUCUGCACAGCCACGUGGCCACACUGCUGAGAACGAGGCCGCCCCUCCAGCCACGGGAUGCAAAAAUCCAGUUCAUAGAGCACGUCAUGAAAUUGCCUUUCUUUGGCUACACCAUCUUCAUAGUGGAGAGAAUCAGUGAAGGCAUGAUCCCUGUGCCCUGUUUUUUUGGUGUGAACAAGGAGGAGAUCAUUGCGGUGGAUGUCACCACCCAGGCCGUGUCCCAGGUCAUUCUCCUGAAGGAGCUGCAGAAGAUGCGCACCCUGAGGCCCAUGUCUGACGGAGGCCUUCCCGGCCUGGAGCUCCACUACGGCUCCCCUGGCAGCCCCAAAGCCCUGUGGGUGGAACUGUCACAGGCCAAAGAACUGUACCACACAAUUGUUGUCAUGCUGGAUAAAACAGAGCUGCACUCCUAGAGCCUGAAAGGAGGAGAAUGGCCAAGGAAAACAGCACUGUUUCCCUUUCUCUGAACUUGGUCAGUGCUCCCUGACCUGUCUUUGGGAGAGAACUCUUCCAGAAGACACCCAUGACCUCAGCCAGCUGCUUUCUAAGAAUGCCACCACAGCGUUUGUUGAUGGAGUGAUCAUAACCCUUGUGACCUGCCAUUCCGCCCUCAAGCACUUCCUUGAAACAAUCCAUGCUGUGGCUAAACAAACCCCAAGGGCCUCUCCACACCACAGCCCUUCCAACAAAGAGCAGCUGACCCAAAGCAAGCACUUGCCUUCAAGCUUUGCACUGUGCAACUCCUCCUUUCUGUUUUGAAUUAAUUAUCACGAGCAAAGCCUGGUGCUUGCUAGAGAUUUGUGUAUCCCAAUGCCCAGCUGAGGCUGUGCAAUGCCUGCAUGGCCUGCUGGUGCUUUCCAGGAGCCAGAUUUGUCUCUGAAUUGAUAUGCAGAAGUCCUGUAGCUAGGAUUUGUGAAGCAGUUUGUAGAAAGCAUCCUAAUUGAAAAGCAGAUCAGUGUUAAUCAUACAAUUAACACAUAUGCUGGGGCACAGAUUGAGCAGCAAUGGUAAGGAAGUUUAUUGUUAAUUAAUUUCUCACUGACAUAAUUAUAUGCAUAUGCUUCCUUCUACUAUAAAGAAGUCAGUCAUGGUCAUGCAGCUGUCAGACUUCAAUGAUGGCUCUAUGCCCAUGGAGGAAGCUUCUUCAAACAGAACUUGUAUUAUACUGAAGUGUUUUGGGUUGUACAAAAAUAUUUAAUUUAUUUUUAUUGCCACAGCUCUCCUAAUGACCUGAGGAAUAACUGCCCUUUAGGAAAUUGCAAUAAAAUAAUCACAGAGA